AUGGUAAUUAGACAGACCGCCCACAGUUUUAUCACUCAUGAGGGCCCUGUUUCACAAGGCCCAACUAUGCCAGAAUAUCACACUAAUCUGGAGCACAGGCCAUAUGUCCCCUUCACUACCAGCACUUCACAUGAGGGGCGACAUUCUGGCCACACCCCGUGCCAUGUACUCCAAUCAAACAAAUCCCCUUCUGAUUUGACAUUUGCCAGCUCUCCCUAUCGCUCCACCAGAUCACUCUCACAUGAUGCCACUCCAUUUGAACAUCCAUUGAGUCCAAUACCCAUGUCUCCAGUCACCGCUACACAUCUUGAUGCACCAGCUGCAAUUACCGUUCCUGAAGAGUCCAUGGACAAUGAAUCUCUGAUCACAGCCAAUGAUGACAUUGCAAUGGAUCAAGACAUGUCAAGUGCUGCUCCUCCGUUUUCUCUAAACCGUUCACCACCAGCUCACCAUCCACCUACAAUAACUCCCCCACAACAGAGACAUCUGCCAUUGCUGCCUGCCUUGGGACAUUAUCUAGGUCAGCUAUUACAUGACCAGUUUGCUGAACUGUCUGACAAGGUAGUGGCACCAGCUCUCAGGAAUGCAGUCAACACCAUGAUGCCAGCUAUGAUUGAACAGAUAGCAGGCAAAAUUAGGGGUAUCACUUCCACUUGCUCUCACAAAAUUUGCAGCCAGAAACACUCUGGAGCAGUGGUGGAAGAUACCAAGCCUGAAUGUGAGGACAAUCUAAUGCCGUCCUCAUGCAGGAAGCACCCUGGAAAGCAGGAAUACCUUUCACAAAUAUCUAUGGGACAAGUGUCUGCUGAAUUCCAAGAAUGGUCUGCUGCCUCAAUCCCCCCAUCACACAUGAUUCAAGCUUUUAAUUGUGACAAUGAAAGUCUGCCAUUUUUGGACAACAUCACCAUUGACUGGAACAACUCUUUGAGGAAGUCUCUUGGAAUACAGAAGCAAUCAACUUGUUGGUAG